AUGCCCAGCUUUACCUUUCAGUGGCCCCACGAUGCCCAAGAAGUUUACGUGACGGGCACGUUCGACAACUGGUCCAAGAGCGAGCGUCUGGAAAAGGUCGACGGCGUCUGGCAAAAGACCGUCACUCUUCCCGAGAGAGCGGAGAAAUUCUAUUACAAGUUUGUUGUGGACGGCAACUGGACGACCGACCACACCGCGCCGCAAGAAAAGGACGCCGAAGGCAACGAGAACAACGUCCUGCUGCCCGAGCAGAUCAUGGACGCCAAUAGCAAGCCGGAGGUGGAAGAGGCUGCCCAGCUUCAGGCGGCCACCAUCAGCUCGGCCGCGCCCGAGUCGACGACUACCCAAUUGGUGGCAGCCGUGCCGGUCGAGGAGAAGAAGGAGGAGCCCCAGCCUGAGGUAAAAAAGGGGGAGAAGGAGGAAGAGCUCAAGGAGGAAACUACGCCCGGAGACAGCAAGGAAGAGGCUCCCAAGGAGGAGGCUCCUCAAGAGGAGACUGCUAAGGAAGAAACUCCCAAGGAGGAGCAAAAAGAGGAACCCAAGGUAGAGGAGAAGCCGGAAGAGAAGAAGGACGAUCCUCAAGAGGAAGAGAAGAAGGAAGAGCCCAAGCCAAAAGAGGAUGAGAAGGAGGAGGAGAAGCCCGAGUCGGCUCCUGAGGUCGCCCCCGAGACUGUCGUCAUCAGCUCGGUUGCCCCCGAGUCCACCACGGCCGAGCUAGCCGCCGCUGUUCCCCUUGAGAACAAGGAGGAUGCAGCGCCCGCGGAGCCGGCCGCUGAUUCUUCCGAGGUCAAGGUCGACCCCUUGCCUGCCGCUGAGGGCGCUCUGAACCCCAUUAAGCUCGAGCCUGGCGAGCCCGUUCCCAAGGAUGUCUCUGCCGAGGCCCUCACCAGCCAUGUCACUCUCGACAAGGAGUCUUACGAGCGGAGCGAUCGCCUGCCGGGCGUUACCCCUGUUGCUACCGACUUGUCGCCCGUCACUGCCAACAUGAUUCCUGAGUCCAGCUUGCCCAUUGCCUCGGCAGGUUCGGACAACGUCUUCAUUAGCACCGUCACCGCUGAAUCGACCACCGCCGACCUGGCUGCUGAAGUGCUGGUCGAGAAACCCUCCGGGGAGGCUGCUGCAGAGGUUCCGAAGGCCGUCAAGGAGAGCCAAGAAAAGGCGCACGUGGACCCCGAAGCUAGCGCUGUGCCGGAAGAGGUAUGCGAGAAGGCUGAGGUCGAACAGGAGCUGCUAAGCAAGGUUCCCGAGGUUCCUCCUGCGGCUGAGGGUGUUGCUGAGGAGAAACCGGCCGAGCAGGCUGGUGAGGAAAAGCCUGUCGAGGCCGCUGCACCUGCUGUUGAGGAGAAGGAGGAGAAGCCUGUUGAGAAGGCGAAGAUUGAAGAAGCCAAGGCUGAGGAGGCCACUGAGAAGGCUGCUGAGGAGGCGAAACCAACUGACGGGGUGAAGGUUGAGGAGCACAAGGGUGAAGAGGCCCCGCCUGAGGAGCCCAAGGCUGAGAGCAAUGCCGAGGAGAUCAAGGUUGAGGAGCCGAAUGCUGAGGAAACCAAGACGGAGCAGGCUAAGCCUGAAGAACCCAAGACCGAGGAGGCUGCACCCGAAGAGAGCAAGGUUGAUGAGGCUAAGGUCGAGGAACCCAAGGCUGAAGAGUCCAAGUCUGCUGAGGAGGCUAAGGUCGAGGAACCCAAGGCUGAAGAGCCCAAGCCAGCUGAGGAGGCCAAGGUCGAGGAACCCAAGGAUGAGGAGCCCAAGCCAACUGAGGAGGCUAAGGUCGAGGAACCCAAGGAUGACGCCACUGAAGAGGUCAGGUCUGCUGAAGAGCCUGCUGUGCCUGCGGUUGAGGAACUAAAAGUCGAGGAGGCUAAGCCUGUCGAGGAACCUAAGCCUGCUGAGGAAGUUAAGGCUGAGGAGCCUAAGGUUGAGGAGCCUCAGCCUGCUGAGGAGGUCAAGCCUGCUGAGGAGCCGAAGGCCGAGGAGACUCAACAAGUUGAAGAGGCCAACUCCGCCGAUGAGGUCAAUUCUGCCGACGAGGCCAAGCCCGCCGAAGAGGCCAAGCCUGCCGAGGAGGCCAAGCCCGCCGAAGAGGUCAAGGCCGUCGAGGAGACCAAUGUUGAGGAGCCUCAACCCGCGGAAGAAACCAAGCCCGCCGAAGAGGUUAAAGCCGUCGAGGUGAAGGCUGUCGAGGAGACCAAUACUGAGGAGCCUCAACCUGCGGAAGAAACCAAGCCCGCCGAAGAGGCCAAGCCCGCCGAAGAGGUUAAAGCCGUCGAGGUGAAGGCUGUCGAGGAGACCAAUACUGAGGAGCCUCAACCUGCGGAAGAAACCAAGCCCGCCGAAGAGGCCAAGCCCGCCGAAGAGGCCAAGCCCGCCGAAGAGGUCAAACCUGUCGAAGAGGUCAAGGCCGUCGAGGAGACCAAUGUUGAGGAGCCUCAACCCGCGGAAGAAACCAAGCCCGCCGAAGAGACCAAGGCUGUCGAAGAAGCUCCCGCUGCCGUCGAGGAAGCCCCCAAGGUUGAGGAGCCCAAGGUUGAGGAGCCGAAGGUCACCGAGGAAGCUGCCAAGCCUGAGGAGUCUAAGCCUUCUGAGGAAGUCGCCCAGCCUGUCGAAGAGACUCCCAAGGCCGAGGAGCCCAAGGCGGAGAAGACGCAGCUCGCUGAGGAACCGAAGGCUGCCGAGCCUACCGAAGCCGUUACUGAGCCUUCUGCCGGCGCCGGCGAGGAAACAGCUAAGGCUAAUGAAGAGGCUAAGCCUAGUGAAGAGAGCAAGCCUGUGGAAGAGGACAAACCCGCAGAGGAAGCAAAGGCCGGUGAAGAACAGCCACCUGCCAACGGCGAGGCUGCCAAGGAGGAGACGCCUUCGGAAAAGAAGAAGAAGACCAGGCUGAGCGGGUUCUGGGCCCGGUUGAGGGAGAGGUGGUUCUGA